AUGCCUGUGCAAACCAGCCCACCGUCACUUCCGGACUCGUUCCCGUCCUUGAUGUCGGUAUUCGGUGGAAUCUCGCCCAAAUUCGCCGAGGGAGAGGAGCAUAGCGCAGCACUCAAACCUCUCAGGGUUCCUCCACAUGUUACCGUCAAUACAUCUCGGCGACCACUUCCCUUUCGGCACCGGACGAGUAUCUCGUCUGUGACUUCGGGAUCCACGGAUUCGUCUCCUACCACUACUAUCUCGACGUUCGACUCUCCAUUGGCCGCAGACACCACCCCCAGCUCUUCACCCGAAUCUCCGUCGGCGAUGCCGUUGUCGUUUCCCAAGUUCAUGCCACCCUCGCGCAAUAUUGAACACCAAUCGCUCUCGGGAGAGCAAAGUACCAUGUCAAAACGCUCGCCGGAUGUACUAAGCCGAGCGCGUCCGGAUUCUCCAGGUCGGCGGGCGCGCAAUCUCAAGAAUCUUUCCUUGAGAAUGCCUCCGCCAUCGCAAUCGUCGCGACCAGCGAUCGCAACAGCCUCGGUAGUUGAGACAGCCUCCCAGCGCAAUCUUUCCGCCCCACCCUCCCCCGCGCAUAUCCCUCCCAAAAGCGGCCGACGAAAGCCUGCAAACCUAACUAUCCAAACUCCUGGGUUUGACAGAUCCUUCUCCAGCAACGUUAUGGAAAUGGUCCCACCAACACCUGGUGGCCUCCAUUCAUUGAGACACACUGAAUCUUCGCCUUCUCUGACUUCAGUAUUCUCGCCGUCUUUUGGUCCCAAGGGAGGCAUGCAAUUGCCGCGACCAGUGACGCACCAUGGGAGCCGACGUCCGUCAGGAGCUUCGGAACAUAAUCUCUCGCCCCUUCAGUCGGCCGUCGAAGACGGCUCACCUGCGGGUGGAGUCCUGCAUGAACUAGAGGAAGAAGAGGACCAUCUGGACUCGAGAGAAUCGACCCAGCGAAACGAGCGCGGCUAUCCGAAUGGCCCUGUGCAAAUAUACGAUUCUGGAGUGUAUCUUUAUUUGGAGCCAACAAUGCAGGAGGCUGCUCAAUUCGAUGUUGUUGUAAACGUUGCGAAGGAAGUUGCAAACCCGUUCGCUAAUGCAUGCGCGGAUAAUGGAACGGUGAUGAGCGCUUGGCGAAGUGCCUCAGCCAGCGCCAAACGGUUAUCGAGUGCAGAGCCGCCGACUGCGGUCUCGGAAGUUUCUUUCAAGUCUGCAUUGGAAUAUCCCAUAUCUGAGACUGAGUCGCCGGUCACGCCCUGCAGUGACUCUUCCGGGCCGGAAUAUAUCCACGUAGGUUGGGACCACAAUUCCGAGAUUUUGGACGACUUAUACCCACUGUGCGAGUUGAUCGAUUCCCGUGUUUCUGAAGGCAAGAAGGUCCUCGUUCACUGUCAACUAGGCGCUAGCCGAUCCGCCUCUCUAGUGAUUGCCUAUGGCCUUUACAAAAACCGGCACCUGGACUUUAAUUCCAUGUACGAGAUCGUGAAGGGACGGAGUCGCUGGGUUGGGCCCAACAUGAGUCUCAUUUAUCAAUUGACUGAUUUUCGCUCAAGGCUGCAGCAGGGUGGUGCCUCCAAGCCUGCGCCCGAGGAAUGGUUUGUGCAGGGACCCCGAAGAGGCUCUGAACCCCAACCUUCGAGGUCUGGAAGGACAGCAGAGGCGACUUUCACGCCUCCAGGCGGUAUUAGCUCCAACUCAGGCUACUCUAGGCUCGCAACCCCAGCCAGCCGGUCACAGACAUCCUCGAGUACUCUCUCUGUGCCCUCGACAGAGCAAUCCACGCCCCCGUCAAUCAGCGGCUGGAGGAUUCCCAAGUCUCUGUCUCACAAGCGAAGCUUGUCUCCUCGUCCUUUACCCCUUCGCCAGCGAUUCGAAACGGUACAGACGGCUGCGAAGGAUGAUGGGACGCGCUCUCUAGCGCCGGCAGAUGCCUUUGAAAGAGACACUGUCGAGGAUCCGCUGGGUUUGUUUUCUCCACGGACGAGCCAAUUCCUGGCACCGUCUCUUGCUCCUCCCUUCCCAGAUGGGCUGGAAGAUCGUCUUCCUGGCGGUCCUCAUUUUCGGACAGAGACAGCAGACCCUCGGUCUCCCCCUCCUGGGAACGAGCGACUCAUAAUGAGGAAUAUUGAUGAAUUUUUAUAA